GUGUCAAUAAUCGCCACUACGGCACUCUCCAUAUCAUCUCAGGGCACAGCAGCCAUGUGUUCCCCCACCGGCGAAUCAAUACCUCAUGAAGUUCCCAAAAGAGGCGAUGAUGGAGCUCCUAAAGAGUCCUUCCCGUGGCACAUUGGUGUCUACGACGCCCACUGUCAUCCCACCGACACCAUGGCCUCCAUCUCCAGCAUUAAGAACAUGCAAGCUCGACUUCUCACCAUCAUGGCCACACGCGGUCAAGACCAAGACCUCGUCGCCUCCGUAGCCGAGCAGCACGGCAUCACAGACUUGAACGAGCUACGCGAAAGUGGUUCAUCCGAAACCCCCAAGAAGGUCGUCCCAGCGUUCGGCUGGCACCCCUGGUUCUCUCACCAGCUCUACGAUGACUCCAAAGACGACGAACAAGAAGAAGAGGUCACGGAUGUACGGGCGCACAAAAAAACCAAGCACUACUCUACCGUUCUAUCGCCCCCUCCCGAUGCCGAUUUCAUCGCUUCUCUCCCCGAUCCCAUUCCUCUCAGCAAGUUUCUCCAAGAAACCCGCCAACGUCUGCUCGCCCACCCCACAGCCCUGGUUGGCGAAAUCGGCCUUGACAAAGCCUUCCGUCUCCCCUGGGGCAAAGUGAAUGAGUCGUCCUCCUCGCGCAACGGCGACCUAACACCGGGCGGUCGAGAAGGACGGAUGCUCAGUCCUUACCACGUCAAGAUGGCGCACCAGGUUGACGUUCUCAAAGCCCAACUUUGCCUGGCAGGCGAAUUGGGUCGUCCCGUCUCUUUACACGGCGUGCAAGCUCACGGCGUGUUAUUCGAUGCCUUGGCUUCGCUGUGGAAGGGACAUGAGAAGGAGGUGGUGUCGCGGAAGAAGCAGAAGAUGAUUGCCAAGGGCGUAUCGGAGGAUUUUUCCUCGUCUAGUGAUGAGGAGGAGGAGUUUGACGAGUUUGACGACUUGGAAUUUGGGCUUGGGGAGCCCAAGCAACAACAACAACAACAACACAAGGUCAAGAAGUCCAAGAAGCCGUACAAACCGAAACCAUUCCCGCCGAGGGCGUGUCUACAUUCUUUUAGCGGGCCGCCGCAGGUGUUGAAGCAGUAUUUGGAUCCCAAGAUCCCGGCCAAGUGCUACUUUUCGUUUUCUAUGGUGGUUAAUCUGGGGACGGCGGGCGGAGAGGCCAAGUUUGCGGAUGUGAUUCGGGCGUGUCCGGAUGGACAGGUACUGGUGGAGAGCGAUUUGCAUGUGGCGGGCGAGGAUAUGGAUGGGUAUUUGGAGGACGUUGCGAGGAGGAUAUGUGAGAUAAAGGGGUGGGGGUUGGAGGAGGGGAUGCAGAGGAUAAGGAGGAAUUAUGAAGAGUUUUUGUUUGGUUAAGUGGUGAGUCUCUAGAAGACUGUAGACUAGACUUGGAACCUAGAUGGAGUUUUACUUGAUAGACAUGGGAGCAUCUUUGGAAGCGAGACAUUCUCAGCUGUUUU